AUGGAAAGUUCCUCCUCGCGGUGACACCUGCGAAUGCGUGCGGAUCGAAAAACCGGAUGCGUAUCGCCUUUUCACCCUCCGAAUUGUCAAAGAAAGAAAAUGCUGGUUGCCAACUUCUUUGCAAAAACCGGUCACCAGGAAUUGGAACGGACAAGCGACCCACUUUGGGCGAAGCACGCUUUAGCUGCCAAUCCGACGAGAAUUAUACCGAACAUUAUUAUUUAUUUUUCUAUCAUCUUCAGUCGUCGUAAAUGGCAACGCAAAAAGCAAAAUAUUCUCCUCUCGUAAGCGGAAAAGGACGGAUUCGCGAAUUUUGAAGUUCACAAUUGUUUCUUGACGACUGUCACGUCGAGUUGAAUUGUAAGUAUUAAACGGAUGUACUUAUCUCAUCUGGUCGUGUCAAAUUGUUUUAUGUGCAAAGAUAAUACAAACAGCAAGUAGUGAAUUUUUUGAAGAAACCAAAAAGAUUAAUUAACAAGCUCAUGCUCAAAAUUGAAUGUUUCGUGGGAAAAAAACUACCGUAAAAAGAAGCAAAAGAAAAAAGAAGGAAUAUAUUUUUGUUAGAAGAUCAAGUUAUUAAAGGAAGUGAGAAAUUCUUGUCUGCAUAAUGAGUGUUUUUUAUGGCAAAAAUCUGUUUGAGAAUAAUUUGAGAACAUCAGUAGAAGAUCAUAAACUUGGAUUUAGAUAUCGUUUAUUGUGAUAAAAAAUUUAAUGAAACUCUUUAAGCAUAUUUAUAAAUUUUUAUGUAUUGAAGUUUAGAAAACAAAAUGUAUAUAAAAUACAAAAAUUAUAUGAAACAUCAGAUCCUGUAAAAAAUGAGAACUGCAACUUUAACUUCAAAUAUCACUUCUUAAAUUUUCAUACAUUUAUUAUUAUAAAAAUUAAAAUUCCUCAUAACCGUCAGAAAUUGAUUUCAGAGCAUUUACUUCAAUAGAAGAGAUUCGAUGACAAUUUCUUACUAGAAAGAAAGAAGUAAUCGGAACAUUUCGAUUGGCGAUUAUACAUUUAACAAUGAGAUGACUAACUAAUUCCGAAAAAAAAUAUUUCCCUCGAUGCAGUUUUGCAUGAAUUCCAACUCAUAUUUAGCGAACAAUUCCAUUGGGAAAAUGCGAUCGAAAGUAAGAAAUAUAUUUAUUUCGUUUCUGCUAGUGUCUGCCUUGCUUUUUAAUCUUGCUGUUUUAUACAAGAAGCACUUCAUUCACUGUAGUUCUGAAACUUGUGUUCAACCUAGAGUGAAAUUCACGUUCGACCAGUACAUCCAUGUAGCCUUCUUCGGGAAGUACGCAUACAAGAACAUGAAAAUAGUGCGCGGUAUGGCAAAUACAUAUCAUAGUAUCCUCGAGAACACUCAGUACCCAGUCUACCUUCAUGUCUUGAUUGAUCCCAAUAGUAAGAUGAGGACCUCAAGGACAUUACGAAAAGUUGCGAGAACAUUUCGGAGGAGAUUAAAUGUGACCUACUACGACGUUAACGACAUGGCGGAGCAGAAUCGUGCUGCCAUCUCUCUCAUUCGAAAAUACUUCUUCAGCAAAGACGUGGGAAGGUACAAUGACGACAUCUUCUUCCUGACAGAGGUGUUCCACGAUGCAUUCCCCAAAAGGUUGCGCAAGGUCAUCUUCAUCGACGUCGACCUCAAAUUCCUCUCCGACAUUCGUCUUUUGCACCAAGAAUUCGCCAAGUUCGAGUCGGAAAACGUCAUUGGUAUUGCUCCAGAUCUACAACCCCAAUACAGAAUGGAUUUCGCCAAAUAUAGAAAUGACCAUCCAGGCACAUCGGUCGGUUCCUCCAGACCAGGAAAGCAGGGUUUCAACACGGGGGUGGUUCUCUUCGAUUUAGACAGGAUGAGGAACUCGUCUCUGUAUAACUCUCUUCUCAAUGAUACUGCGCUAGAGAAUUUGUGCAAAAAAUAUCAAUUCGAUGGAUAUUUGGGACAUCAAGAUUUCUACACCUUGACCGGAAUGGAGUAUCCUGAAUUGUAUUAUAAACUGGAUUGCACAUGGAAUAGGCAGCUCGAUGUUGGCUGGAGAAAUGAAGUUGGCAAAGAGUUGUUUGAUAAAUAUCAUCAGUGUGAGGGUAAAAUUCAUGUUAUGCAUGCCAAUGGCGAUGCUCUGCUGAAAGAUACGAAUGUGUGAUAUAUAGAGGAUAAUCAUCCUAUAUGGCAUCAUUGCUCAUGGAAUAGGCAGCUCGAUGUUGGCUGGAGAAAUGAAGUUGGUAGAGUUGCUUGAUAAAUAUCAUCAGUGCGAGGGUAAAAUUCAUGUUAUGCAUGCCAAUGGCGAUACUCUGCUGAAAGAUGCGAAUGUGUGAUAUAUAGAGGAUAAUCACCCUAUAUGGCAUCAUUGCUCAUGGAAUAGGCAGCUCGAUGUUGGCUGGAGAAAUGUAGUUGGUAGAGUUGCUUGAUAAAUAUCAUCAGUGCGAGGGUAAAAUUCAUGUUAUGCAUGCCAAUGGCGAUACUCUGCUGAAAGAUGCGAAUGUGUGAUAUAUAGAGGAUAAUCACCCUAUAUGGCAUCAUUGCUCAUGGAAUAGGCAGCUCGAUGUUGGCUGGAGAAAUGUAGUUGGUAGAGUUGCUUGAUAAAUAUCAUCAGUGCGAGGGUAAAAUUCAUGUUAUGCAUGCCAAUGGCGAUACUCUGCUGAAAGAUGCGAAUGUGUGAUAUAUAGAGGAUAAUCAUCCUAUAUGGCAUCAUUGCUCAUGGAAUAGGCAGCUCGAUGUUGGCUGGAGAAAUGAAGUUGGUAGAGUUGCUUGAUAAAUAUCAUCAGUGUGAGGGUAAAAUUCAUGUUAUGCAUACCAAUGGCGAUGCUCUGCUGAAAGAUGCGAAUGUGUGAUAUAUAGAGGAUAAUCAUCCUAUAUGGCAUCAUUGCUCAUGGAAUAGGCAGCUCGAUGUUGGCUGGAGAAAUGAAGUUGGUAAAAAGUUGCUUGAUAAAUAUCAUCAGUGUGAGGGUAAAAUUCAUGUUAUGCAUGCCAAUGGCGAUACUCUGCUGAAAGACACGAAGUGUGAUAAGUAGAAAUUAUUCAUGCUAUAUGGUAUCAUAAUUGUUUAAAAGUCAAGAGCUUUAAAAAUUUGUGGAAUCGAGUGACGAUUAAAUUUUAUUACAUCCUGUAAAUAUUUUCAUAAACAAUUUUCAAUAUAACCCAUAUAAAACAACCUUUUGCAUAAUGUUAUGCAAUAUUGGGCGAUAUUAUAUCGUAUCAUUUAAUUUUCUACAAUAUUAUAAAACAUUGUAAAUAUUGUUUAAUAUCUGCAAAAUUGUACAAUAUAUGUGUGCUACUAAGAAAGGCAGUUUCAAGUAACAUUCUUUUUUGAACAGUUUUGGGAAGCUUCCAACGAUGUAAUUCCAAUUAGAGAGCUAUUGCCUUAACAAAUAUCCCAGUGUAUAACAAGAAAUGAAAUGAAGAUGGAAAAGCAAUUUAUAAUUCAACAAAGACUUGAUAUCGUGUAGUGAAAAAAAGUUUGUAAACUAAUGUUUAAGCACGCAAAACAGCUUCAUGCAGUUUAUUCUCUAAAGCGAAAGAGAAAUAAAUUGCUGUUCAUUUUCAAGCAAUGUUAAGCUCCCUGAUUAAUUACAGAGGAUCUCAUAUUCACAAUCUUCAUUUUCAAAACAAAUGUUUUGAAUAUAUCAUAUAAAAACAUCACCAUUAGGGCUUCCAUUUAUUAAUGUAUCUUAAAAAAAACCAAGCCUGCUAUUGUGUCCAUUUUUUUCAGUGUAAUUAUAACACAUUUUAAGCAAAGAAGAGCUGUUUUUACAUUUAUGUCAUUUCUUUUAAUGUAGUCGCUUAUCUUUCUGUAAUUUAGAGAUUUUUUUUAAUUCAUUUGAAUUGUAUAUAUAUUUUUAUUUUUUCCUAUUUUAUAUGCGCUAUAGGGUGCUUUAUACACAUUUAUUCUCGCUAAAGCUAUUUUCUUAUACUGUGAUAUAUGUCUGAACAAAGCUGGAGAAUCCUUAUAUUUUAAGAAAAAAGUAUUAUGUUAUUUUUAUCAAAUGAAACGGUGCCAAGAAAUGUCAUAGUCAAUCAGUAUAAUAUUAAUGCUUACUCGCUUUGC